GAGUACUGAACAAAUACUCUGGGAUGAGACGAGUGGGUGCGACUUCGGUGAAUCCCCAAGUUUGGAUGAUAAAUCUAAAUAUGCCUGGUGCUCUCAAUUGUGACCAAUAUCCACUAAUGUCUACCCGGGUGAGUUGAUUUACUUACGUUUGAAAUACUAUUACGUUUAUUAUCUCGUUCUGUUCUCAUCGUCUGUAAGCUCGGCACAUAAAGCUCCAUUGCCCUUUGCGAGCUUCUGAUGUCUGCUCUUUCUAUAUCUAUAUCUUAUCUACACAAUUGCCACUAAUCGACUCACUUCACUUACAUCCACAGCCAUGGGCGAAAUUCCUCAACACCAAGAGCAUAUCUUGUGUCUUCUCCCUUUUCCAGAGGACUCCAAAAUUCUGGACAGGUUGAGACAGAAGUACAACGUGGAGAUUACAUACAAACAGAUAUUCUUUGGUGUAGGAAAAGCAUUGGAACUGGCGGAUGUGCCAGAUGAAACCUGGCAUCAUGCAACUAUACUCGUUACACUCUCAUCCUUCCCCCCUUCCGCCGAGAAAGCUAAGAAUCUCAAACUCAUCCAUCUUUUCAGCGCUGGCACAGACAGGUUGAGCAACACUCCGAUCUGGAAAGACACCAAAAUCCCAAUUACAAACUCAUCCGGUGUGCAUGGACCGCAGAUAUCAGAAUGGGUUAUCAUGCAGAUUUUGAGCCAUUCACAUAAGGAGAAGCUAUUGAUUGAAUGGCAGAAGGAACAUGUUUGGGGAGAUUACAAACGAUUGGGUGCAAUGAGAGAUUGUGUGGGUCAAAGAUUGGGUGUUCUUGGGUAUGGAGCCAUUGGAAGACAAGCUGCGAGAAUCAGUAAAGCCAUGGGAAUGGAUGUUAUAGCAUAUACGGCAUCGCCUCGCACAACUCCUGAGUCUAGAAAAGACGAGGGUAAAUAUAUCGUCCCCAAUACUGGCGAUCCAGAUGGCACACUUCCGUCUGCCUGGUACUCCGGGCUCGACAAGGAGAGUCUGCACAACUUCCUUAAACAGGAUAUCGAUAUCCUCCUAAUUGCCGUUCCCCUAACGCCACAAACUCAUCACUUCCUGUCCGCAGCCGAAUUCGAAAUACUGGGUUCCAAAACAAACGCCUUUAUCAUCAAUAUUGCCCGGGGUGGUAUUAUUAAUCAAGACGAUUUGAUCACAUAUCUGAAGAAGCCCUUAAGUGAGGGAGGUUUAAGGGGAGCUGCAUUGGAUGUUACGGACCCAGAACCUUUACCUCAAGAUAGUGAGUUGUGGACCUUGGAAAAUGUGGCCAUUACACCUCACGUCAGUGGGCUUGGGACGACGUAUGCGGAGAGGAGUUUCGCAAUUUUGGAUGCGAAUUUGGAUAAUAUAGAAAAGGGGAGGAAUCUUAUUAAUUUAGUGGAUAGGAAAAAGGGGUAUUAGGCGUGCUGUGAAUAGUGGGGAUGUUAGAUAUUAAAAAACGCUAGAAAUAGAAUCAUCAUAUGACUUGCA